GUACCCUCCUCGCCCAAGAACGACGUCUCUGAAACCUCACUUUGUCUCCAUUAACACCCUCUCUUCUCCAAGUUUCUUUGGAAGAGAAAAAAAUGGGGAGGGGGAAGAUAGAGAUAAGAAGGAUUGAUAAUUCGACAAGCAGGCAAGUGACCUUCUCAAAGAGGAGGGGUGGGUUGUUGAAGAAAGCCAAGGAGCUGGCGAUCCUUUGCGACGCAGAAGUUGGAGUCAUGAUCUUCUCUAGCACCGGCAAGCUCUAUGAUUUCUCUAGCACCAGCAUGAAAUCAGUCAUUGAACGAUACAACAAAUCAAAAGAGGUGCAUCAUCUAAUGGGCAACCCAACCUCAGAACUCAAGUUCUGGCAAAGGGAGACAGCAAUGUUGAGACUGCAACUGCAAAACUUGCAAGAAAAUCAUCGGCAAAUGAUGGGUGAAGAACUUUCUGGUUUAAGCGUAAAGGAUUUGCAGAAUUUGGAGAACCAGUUGGAAAUGAGUCUCCGGGGUGUUCGCAUGAAAAAGGACCAAAUUUUAAUGGAUGAAAUACUAGAACUAAAUAGAAAGGGAAACCUCAUUCACCAAGAAAAUAUGGAACUCUAUAAGAAGGCAAACCUAAUUUGUCAUGAAAAUCAAGAAUUGUAUAAGAAGGUUUAUGGAACCAGAGAAGUAAAUGGAGCAAACAGGAAUUCCCUUCUCACAAAUGGUCUGGGCAUGGGAGAGGAAUCACAUGUACCUGUCCAUCUCCAGCUUAGCCAGCCACAGCAACAAAACUAUGAUACACCAGCAAGUGCUACAAAGUUGGGGUAUAAUUUCGUCCAUACAAGUACUUUGUGAGCUAUCAAUUACUUUAUCAGUCUUUGAUGCCAAACUUUUGUCCCCUAAAACUGCAGCAGACUACAACUGCAUUAGCGAAGAAGUUGCGUGAUGCAUCGUCACCAGGAAUGGGUAUUUAAUGGCCCAUAAAUUAAAAGACCAUGCUUCUAUUAUUGCACAGUGGUAUGCGUGCCAAUAACCAUUAAGAGCAUGCUUUGGUUAGACAUGACCAAUGGAAAAAACUUCUGCACUGUGUGCUGAUCAAGACAGCUACUUGUGUAAAAAAUGAGAUAACUGUAAUAAAGAGAAGUGACAUUGGACUGCGUUUUUAA